AACAAGAUCUUAUACGGAUUGCAAAUAGUGGACGGUCCCUGAACUAUUACUAAAUAUUCUUUUGUUUUUCUCUCAUAAUAAUUACAUGUUGUGUUAAUUGUUUUCAAUUAAAUUAUUGUUACUUUAUAUUUUCUAUUAAAAUGUCAAAUUGGAAUAUUGAUUCAGUUCUUUCUAUUAUUUCUGAUCUUGGCCUAAAAAGUGACUUCGAUAUCCCAUUGAACGAAGCCAGAAUAAUUGUCGUAGAUACAUCUACAUUCAACGUCUACAGUGAAUAUCCAGACAAUGUCAAAUUGGAAAAAGAAGAGAUCACUUCAGCUAUUCAACAGGAUCUUGCUCUCAACUAUUCAACAUUCGGCUCUUCUCAGACAAAUGUGCGUGUUUGUUUUUAUGGAACAGCCAUGGAAGCUGAUGAACAUGUUGAUUUUAUAAAAGAAGCUCUUUUUCAAAGUCUUGGUCAUGAUCUUGAUGCCAAAGGUGGUAGCCAAGAAAAAGAUGUUAAAAGUCAAGACACCACAAAAACAUGUGCCACUCUUUCUUCCUCAAGCCUGGAAUCAGAGGAUAAUGCCCCUCAUGCCUCAAAAAAGCCACGCAACAAGAUCUUGAAAACGUUAAUUUCAAUAAAAAAACAGCAGCGCGAAAGCUUUCAAUUCAUGCAAAAGCUACAAAGAAAAAUUGAUGACAUAAAUGUCAAAGUGAAUGCUGCCUUUUGUGAUCAAGCUGUAGCCAGAUCUUUGAGUGGCGAGAAAGAUCUUGUUGAAGAAGCAGCUGAUAGAGAUCUUACAGGUGAACCAGACUUGAAUUUACCUGGAACAUCAGGACAAAUAAUCUCUGUAGGUUUGGAUGCUCCAAAAUUCAAGUUUAUUUCAGCAAAAGCUGCUGAGAGCUAUUUCGAAAAAAAGAUUGUCAAGCUGAGAGAUUCUCUUCCAUGGAUCCAGUCAAUAAGGACUUUAAGAAUCGAAAGCAUUGAAAUUGAAACAAUGCGAAAGUUACGAUGGAUUAUAAUAUCUGGACCGGUGAAAUAUGGUCGAUUCAUCAACAAGAUCUUGUUGCGGCUUUUUGGUGCUGAAAAAUUGAUGAUUACCUUGAUGGCUAAACAUGAAAAACGCCAUUGUUUGCGACCAGGUAUCGAUAGGAAUAAAGUAUUCAGCUCAAAAGAAGAAAGAACAUUGAAAAAUCUUCUUUUACACAUUGACACUGAUUUUUUUAAAAACAGUCAGGUUUGGGAAGAGCUUGUAAGAAAAAAAGCAAACCAGUUCGGUAGGGACCUGAAAAAAACCGGUUGCGACUUGAGUGACAAUGAUCAAGAUCUUGAUUCAUCUGAUCAAAAUGAAGACGAAAAUUAAACAGAAAUUACCUACAAUUA